AUGAAAAACCUGCUUUUUGAGUAUAAGAUAUUGGCAAGUGAACGUGGUGUUCGCGAAGCCGUGCUGCGCCUGGCGGCGCUGUUACGCAAUUUGGAGGCGUCCCAGGAGCGGAGGGACGCUGAGCAUCGCGCAUCGCCACCUAAGCAGUUACGUGGUGCGCUCGGGGACGUGGUGCACGAAAUGCGGGAAGCAAUGAGGCAGCAGCUGGAGACAAGGCUCCAGCGCCGCCAAGAGCAGUGCGUGCGACAGACCGUGAAGCCGAUCCUGGAGAGGUCGCUGACUCGGCUGGAGCAGAAGCUGAGGGCCUUCGAGUAUCGGAUCUACGGGAAACUGCGCAAACGGCUCGAUGACCACAAUGGCAGCGGUGAGCAGAAUACGCAGACUCAUUCCUUCCGUCGUUGCGCUCACAUUAAACGCCCCCAAAAUUCUCCUUCCGACGCCUCUUCUCGACGCCUACUUGUUCACCCAAAUUUCACCUAUGGUGUGGUAACUCGCUGAAGGAAUAUGAGGGACUUUUGACAACUUCAUUUUAGUGAUUAGUAGGACCAUGAGGAAAUACAAGGUGAUAGGGGUUGCUGAAUUUCAUUGGCCGUUGUAAGGGCGAAGCAGAAAAAAUUAGAUACUAGAUAAUACUUACGACCUCUCCGCCGUUUGUUUGUUUGU